AGAGGAGGUGUUCAUACAUUAUUUCAUAUUCUCAAUCUUUCUUUCUAGACCUUUUUUUUUUUUUUGUUUGGGUAAAGAAAUAAAAGAAAUUGCCAAAUGUGUUCAACAUUUUCCCUCGCAGCAAAGACUUACAUUAGAGAGAGCAAUGGAAUUCGACAUCGAAAAUCCAUGGUCACAGCAAAAAGAGCUGAAGUGAUUACAGCUCCCAAGCAAAGAAGCAGACCUGUUUUUCCUGAGUUAUCAAUACAAGGCAUUCCUAUUGAUGAUUUACAUGUACAAGAAAUUGUUCAAAGGCAGUCUCAGACUUACAGCAUGGACAGAGAAGGCGGCCGCAGAAAGCCACAGUUCUGUCCUAGCUUUCUUGAAGAAGCAUAUGAAAGGUGCAGGAACAUUUGUGCAGAAUAUGCUAAGACAUUCUAUCUAGGCACUUUACUAAUGACAGAGGAGCGUCAAAAGGCAAUAUGGGCAAUCUACGUUUGGUGUAGAAGAACAGAUGAACUGGUGGAUGGCCCCAAUUCUGUCUACAUGAGCUCUGAAGUUCUUGAUAGAUGGGAAGAGAGGCUGCAAGACAUUUUCGAAGGACGGCCUUACGACAUGCUUGAUGCUGCAUUAACACACACAGUUUUCAGUUUCCCCUUAGACAUCAAGCCUUUCAGAGACAUGAUCGAGGGUAUGAGAAUGGACACAAGAAAAUGUCGCUACCAGAAUUUUCAAGAGCUUUAUCUUUACUGCUACUACGUGGCAGGGACGGUCGGCCUAAUGAGUGUUCCUGUGAUGGGAAUUGCACCAGAUUCUCUGAUUUCUGCUCAAAGCACAUAUGAUGCUGCACUAUAUCUGGGCAUCGGAAAUCAACUCACAAACAUCCUUAGAGAUGUGGGGGAAGAUGCUAUGAGAGGGAGAGUUUAUCUUCCCCAAGAUGAGCUAGCACAGUUCGGGUUAGGCGAUAACGACGUUUUCUCAAGAAAGGUGACUGGUCAGUGGAGAGAGUUCAUGAAAGAACAGAUUACAAGAGCAAGGUUCUAUUUCAACCUGGCAGAGGAGGGAGCUUCUCAGCUUGACAAGGCUAGCCGUUGGCCGGUAUGGUCAUCGCUACUGAUUUAUCGUAACAUCUUGGAUGCGAUUGAGGAUAACGAUUACGAUAACUUGACAAAGAGAGCAUAUGUAAGGAGAGCUAAGAAACUUCUCAUGUUGCCUUUGGCUUACUCAAGAUCUCUGUCAACAAGUAGCUUGCUCUCUCAGCAGCACAAGAACGUAAGGAGUACAAAAUCGUUUUGAUAAAGAAAGAAGAAGGCUGAAAUUAUAUCAAAUUAAUGAGAAAUAUGUUUUGCGUGUAACAAAGCUGUGUGUAAAUUCUGUACAUGUUUACUGUUUAAAGAUGUAAACACUUUUCUUAUUAACGUUAGCGCAUCUAUCUCAUUUUCAACUUUAUAAUUGUUAUUUUACUCUAUCUAAUGGAAAGCACAUCUUUAAUGGGUAACAAGAUUAAGAUACUUGUAGUCGUCCAAAUGGCGGUCCUAAGGCUUGUACACCUGGCAGACAAUUCAGAAUCUUAAAAUGGAGAAGGCCAGACUGGCUUAAAAAGUACACGGUGUUGGUAUGAUACAAUACUGAAGUUGAGAAAAGUGAAAUGUAACGGUUUGUGUGAAGGAGAAAAAAGGGAGAACUGCCAGACUAUAAAUUGAAUUAGACUAUGGGAAAAAAAAAUUAAAAUUAAAUAAUAAACCUAUUGGAGAACAUUGUAUUCAUUACUAAGGGGAAAAAAUAAUAAAAGCACCCAUUAUAGGAAGUGAGCUCAUCAUCCCUCUACAGAUCACCAACCCCCAAAAAAACCAUCCUUCUACAGAAAAAUUAAAUUUAAAAAAAAAAAAAA